AUGUGUCGAGAAAGUAUUUUAACUUUUAAUUUAGAAAAGUUUGCUCCUCCUCCCGAGUAUUUGGAACCAGUUUAUUCGGCUGCCGAAUUAAAUGGUAUAGCCGGAAAAAAUAUUAUCGGAAAAUCUGAUAUGUUUGCGAUAAUAUCAAGAAUUGUCGACGGAAGCGGAUUUAAAGAAUUCAAAAGUAAAUUUGGAUCACACCUGAUUACUGGAUUUGCCUUUUUAAAAGGGUAUUUGAUUGGGCUACUUGCUAAUUCUGGUCCAAUCACCUCUGCCGAUGCUCAGAAAGGUGCACAUUUUAUCCAUUUAUGUCAAAAAAGAUUGAUUCCAAUGAUAUUUUUACAAAACUCUGGUAUACCUGAAAAACUAGAUUAUAAUCUUCAAGGUAAUAUUUUGAAAGACAGAGCAAAAAUGAUAGCAGCUCAUUCAUGUGCAAAUGUGCCAAAGAUUACCAUUAAUGUAGGAGGCUGUCAUUCAGAUGAAAAUUUUACUAUG